UAGCAAACAGGACAUAGGAGUUUUGCAGGAGUUUAGCGGGAAGUGUGCGGGGGAGCCUGGAACAAGCCCCUGCGAUCACAAGGAUCACAAGGAGCCUGGUGGAGAAGAGAACGUCAUCAUGCAGCACCUGAGGCAGGAUGGAACCAGCCCGGCACGAUGCGUGUGUGCCAACGACUCCUUCUACCAGCCUCCAGUGCUCCUCCUGGACGGCAUCCCUGGCAUGGACAGGAGUCAGCACAGGCUGGUCUCCAUCCUCUUCUGCGCCUUCUACCUUGUGGCCCUCUUGGGGAACUGCACCAUCCUGUUCAUCAUUAAGAGAACUCCAGGUCUUCACGAGCCAAUGUACUUCUUCUUUUCCAUGCUGGCGGUUACGGAUCUGGGCCUGGUGGUGUGCACUCUCCCCACCACACUGGGCAUUUUUUGGUUCGACGUCAUGACCAUUGGAUUUGAUGUCUGCCUCGCCCAGAUGUAUUUCAUCCACAUUGUCUCUGUGCUGGAGUCCUCGGUGCUUCUGGUUAUGGCCGUGGAUCGCUUUUUGGCCAUUUCAUACCCUCUGAGGUAUAAAGCCAUCCUGACCAAGCCGACCAUCAUCAAGAUAGGCCUGGUCAUGCUGGUCAGAUCAGCCGUCUCUCUUUUGCCCAUUCCGUUUCUGCUGAAGCGGCUGACGUACUGCAGUAACAACAGCACUCUCUCCCACUCCUUUUGCUUCCACCCUGACAUCAUGAAGCUGGCCUGUGGGGACAUCCGCGUCAACAUUCAUUAUGGUUUAGUAGUCGUUCUCUCGACCGCUGGUGUAGAUUCCGUCUUAAUUGUCUUCUCUUAUUUCCUGAUCAUCAGGACUGUCUUCAAGCUGGGUUCCCGGGGGAAUUGCUGGAAGGCUUUGAAUACGUGUGUCUCUCACAUCUGUGCUGUUCUCAUAUUUUUCAUCCCUAUGAUCGGACUGUCCAUGAUUCACCGAUUUGGCAACAACGUCCCUCCAAUUAUCCACACCGUGGUUGCCUUUGUCUACCUGAUAGUGCCCCCUGUUUUGAACCCUAUCAUCUACAGUAUCAAAUCUAAGCAGAUUCGGAAAGCUAUCCUGAGGAUAUUGCUCAGAAAGACAGAUGCUCUUUGAAACAGAGCAGAAAGUGAACCAGUAAAUGCUUCCCUCCAGUCCAGGUUCAACGGUGUAAGUGUGUGGCAUAUCUGAAAACUGGUGUGGUUUUUGGGCCACACCACAGUAAAUGUUCUGGUGUUCCACCAGUUUAAGCCGUCACCCUGUGCAGAGAAGCUGUGGAGCUGGCAGGGAAUGCUUCUCAUCCUCCAUGAAUUAGUCCCACCACCACCCCCGCCCUGCCUUUUGAGCCAUCUGCACUAGAGGCCCUCACCACAGAUCCCAUGGGAGGGGAUUCCAUAACACAAAGCAUGCCUUGUGGGAUGAAGCACUUUCUCUGGCCUCUCCUGGUUUCAUCAGGGUUAUGGGGGCGGGGUGGGACAUACUUCUGUCCAUGUUCUCUGCUCCAUUUUAUAAACCUCUGUCAUGCCUUCUCACGGUCACUGUUUUACUUUUUUCUAAGUGGAAAUGAUAAA